ACAUUAAGGCUAAUCUAUACCACCACAGCAGUGCAGAGGAAAAAUGUAGGAGCCUCAGGACCUGAAAAGUACACGGAGGAAUUUAUUAAAAAACAAAUUGAAGAGUUCAACCUGGGAAAGAGACAUUUAGCCAACAUGAUGGGAGAAGAUCCAGAAACUUUUACCCAAGAUGAUAUUGAUAGAGCUAUUGCCUAUCUCUUUCCUUCUGGCUUAUUUGACAAACAUGCCAGGCCCAUAAUGAAGCAUCCUAGAGAAAUUUUUCCAGAGCAGAGGAAAAUCCAGUGGGGAGAAGAUGGCCGACCAUUUCACUUUCUCUUUUAUACUGGCAAGCAGUCAUAUUAUUCAUUAAUGCAUGAAACGUAUGAAAAAUUGCUGAAUGCUCAGAAAUAUCAAGACCAACUGGCUACUGAAGACCUCCCUUCUCCAAAGGAAAAAAAAAACCUGGCUGGCAGCAGAUGGCUGACUAAGAUUGAAUUGGAAGAAAUGUUGUUAGAAAAAGUGUCAGAUGAUGAUUAUUCCAGGUUUAUUCAGCUGUUACAGAAGCUGGCGGCGUUGCCGUGUGGGGACGCGGAGGAGCAGCACGUGCAGAGGUUUACCCGAGAAGUUCCUGCACAAUUACAGAAGGUGGUUAUCGAGCCCUUGAAGUAUGAUGAGCGAGGAGUGGCCUUCAGCACUGGUGAAGGCAAAAGAAAAACUGCAAGAGCUACUGCAGUGGUUUAUGACAAUGGGACUGGAAAAAUCACAGUGAAUGGAAUAGACAGUCUACAUUACUUCCCAGUGCUGCAGGACAGAGAACAGUUGUUGUUCCCUUUCCAGUUUCUUGACAGAAUUGGAAAACAUGAUAUGGUUUGCACAGUCUCUGGUGGAGGGAGAUCUGCACAGGCUGGAGCAAUACGUUUAGCCUCUGCAAGAGCCUUAAGGAGUUUUGUCACAGAAAAGGAAGUGGAAUCCAUGAGGCAAGCUGGGCUACUCACAUAUGACCCACGUGUGAGGGAACGAAAAAAGCCUGGUCAAGAGGGAGCCAGAAGGAAAUUCACCUGGAAAAAGCGCUAA